UUUGAACUGAUCAAACCUGACGAAGCUCGUGCAGAAGGGCGAAAAGAUCCUUUUCAUCUAGAGCCACUGGGAUAUAAGACACGCACUGUACAACUACUUCCCUGUAAUAACAUCCACCCGAUCUGUCAACCUAACUGUCGGGCGAAAGAAUAUCUACGACGUCAGCGCAUGUCCGGCGACCUUGCAAUCAAUGUCGCGUCUCCACGACAUGCAGUCGUAGACAAAAUCUAUCAUCGCGAGGAUGGGAGUCUCACGGAAGACGCACGCAACGUCGUCGGACAUCAAUCACCAGCAAGAUAUGCGAUACGUUUUCACACCCAGUAGCUGGUUCCUCGGCUUGAUCGGCAUCUGGCCGAUCUCGUUCCGGGACGUUGGACAACAUAUUUCUAAAAUCGCUAUUGUCAUCUGUAAUUUUGUAUCAAGCUUUACGAUAGUGCCCUGCGCCCUGCACAUCAUUUACGAUCAGAAGGAUCUCAACAUAAGACUCAAAGUUUCUGGAUUUUUGGCCUUCUGCGCCACCGCGAUGUUGAAGUUCUUUGUUCUCGUGAUACGUCGUCCAAAGAUACGACAGUGUAUCGAAUAUGUGGAGGACGAUUGGUGGCAGGUGAAGUUCAAAUCCGACCGCGAACUGAUGCUGAAGUAUGCCGGCACGAGUCGCAAGCUCUCCAUAAUCAGCGCAUCUUCCAUGUAUAUCGCCGGCUUCAUUUAUCAUUUGGUCCUACCGUUUUGCACCGAGCAUAAAAUCGGUAACCAAACCAUCAAACCGCUCCCAUAUCCUACAUAUCCCACUUAUAGCCCGUUUAUUCAGACUCAGGUGAUCUACGAAAUCGUGUAUUUAGCCCAUUGUAUGUGCGGAUACAUCAUGUACACGGUCACAGCUGGGUCGUGUGGGUUGGCGGCGAUAUUCGCCACUCAUGUGUGUGGUCAGAUCGAUGUAAUCACAUCUAGAUUGGAGGAUCUUUUACAAGGCAAAAGUUAUGAGCAAACGACGAACGUUAAUCAACGAAUUGCGUUCAUCGUGAAGAGUCAUGUUCGUGUGUUGAGAUUUUCAGCUUUCGUGGAGGAAAUUUUACAAGAAAUAUGUUUUUUGGAGUUUAUCAGUUCCUUAUUCACGAUAUGUUUGCUCGAAUACUUCUGUAUGGUGGAUUGGCAAGAUAGCGACACAAUUGGAUUAACUACUUAUCUUUUGCUGUUUGUUUCAUUUUGCUUCAAUAUAUAUAUAUUGUGCUAUAUAGGUGAAUUGCUCAUGGAAAAGAGCAGCCAAAUCGGAUCGAUGUGCUUUAUGAUCGACUGGUAUAAACUACCAGCAAAUUCAAUCCGUAGUUUAAUAUUAGUGAUCGCUAUAUCAAGCCAUCCUAUGAAGAUCAGUGCUGGUAGAAUAGUAGAUUUAUCCUUGGCGACAUUUGGAAGUGUACUUAAAACAAGUGUGGCAUAUUUAAGCUUUCUUCGGACUUUAGUAAUGUGAAUAGAAUAAAAAUAAAGGGAACAUUA